AUGGAGGCUAAUAUGUCUAGUUUUUGUGGUCAAGAGAUAGAUGAGAGUAAAGUUACUUCUAUUUGCUCAGAAAAGGUUUGCUUUACUGAAGAGGGUAGUAAGGAAGAUAAACUGAAAUCUGCUAAAGCUGAGAUGGGUGAGGUGAAAGAAGAAAAUGAAAGAUUGAAGAUGAUGCUGGAGCAAGUUGAAAAGGAUUACCACUCUCUUCAAUUGUGUUUCUUUGACAUCCUUCAGAGAGAAACUUCAAAGAAAAGUGUAAAAGAUUCAGCUCCUUCCCAUGAUGAAGUGGAAGAACCUAUGCUUGUGUCACUUUCUCUCGGAAGAAGUCCAAGGGAGCCAAAAAAGGAUGCAAUAAUUGGUAACUCAAGCAAACCUAAAGAAAAAGAAGAUUUGGAAGCCAACCUUACCCUUGGUUUGGACUCCAAAACUCUGUCAUCAAUGGAACUGGUAUCUGAUCUCAGCCCCAUGAACAACUCAGAAGAACUAAAGGAAGCAGAAGCAGGUGGAACAUGUUCAACAAACAAGUCAGCAAGGACUAAAGAUGGUGAUGACGAAAUUUCAGAGCUAACACCCACCAAGAGAGCUAGAGUUUGUGUAAGAACUAGAUGUGAUACUCCCACGAUGAUUGAUGGAUGCCAGUGGAGGAAAUAUGGACAGAAGAUAGCAAAAGGAAAUCCAUGUCCAAGGGCUUACUAUCGUUGCACAGUUGCUCCAGCAUGCCCAGUCAGGAAACAGGUGCAAAGAUGUUCUGAGGACAUGUCCAUCUUAAUCACAACAUAUGAAGGAACACACAACCACCCACUUCCAGUUUCAGCCACAGCCAUGGCUUCAACCACUUCUGCUGCUGUAUCCAUGCUGUUGUCAGGUUCUUCAAUAUCUCAUCCUACAGGUCACAAUUCUGCAUCUUUUGGAAAUGCUCCUACAUUGUUCAAUGGUCUGAAUUUCAGUCAUUUUGGUCAAUCAAGAGCAAAACAGUCCUUCUUUCCAACCCCUACCUCUAAUUUGUUCCCAACAAUCACUCUAGACAUGACUUCCUCAUCAACUCAUGUCCAUUGUUUACCUUCAAGUUUUGCUUCAAGCCCAAGAUUCCCUCCAUCAAAUCUAAGCUUUUGCUACCCAGAACCCAACAUCCCACCAUCCUUUUGGGGCCAGGGACCUCCUAACAAUGGCACUAUGCCUAUAGAGAAAACCCACAUGAGGCCAGUUAAUCUAGGAAACCAAUUUCAAGAACAUAUCUACCAACACUGCAUCAAGAACCAAACUCCUUUCAGGGAUGUUUUGGAAGAAACACUAACCAAAGCAAUUAGCACAGACCCAAGUCUUCAGUCUGUAAUAGCUGCUGCAGUUUCAUCUUUAGGGGGACAAGGAUCUACCAAUGGGAACCAGGGUGGAGGAAUGAGUUUAGGUUCUGGCUUGAGCUUGAAACUUGGGGAGCAUACUCAAAAUGCUUCUUCCAAUCUCUUGAACCAAAAUGGGAAAGGAUGCCUAACAAGCUACUUCAACAGAUCAUCAUCUUCAAGUUCUCAGGGUGGAAACUUCAUGCUUCUCCAACCUUCAAGGCCAUUUUCACUCUCUGAGACAAACACACCUCCUUCCACAAUUGAUCACAUCAACCACUGGGUUCCAGAAAUCAAUUCACAUCAUUAG